AUGUCUCGUUGUCGAGUCCUCAGCAUCGAUGCAUCGGCCCGAGCCGACAUGACCCCGGUCCCACUUAUUCAACUCACCCGUGGGCCUCACCCGAAUUUCAACCACCUCUCAUUUUCACAACUCACCACUUAUACAAACGCCACUCCUCACCAUCCCGCACACCUCCAACACAUUCUCUCGCCUCAAUCCUCACCACGUCUCCCGACAAACCCUCAUCAACGCCCAAAAUCACAACAAACAAUGAACGAAGCCCUCCAAGACGAAAUCUCAGCCCUAAACUCCAUCUACGGCGACUCAACCCUCCUCCCCUCCCCCACCGACCCCCCCACCUCCUCAAUCUACAUCCUCACCCUACCCCCCCUGGACCCUACCUCCCCCCCAUCCUCCUCCCUCCUCAUCCAAUUCCCCCCUUCCUACCCCGACGUUCCCCCAUCAACCCUCUCAACACACUCCUCCAACCCAGCCCUCCCAAAAGGCACCGCAGCCCGCGACCUCUCCCUCUUCAGGGACGCAAUCACCCAAGUCCACACCCCAGGCCAAGUCUGCCUCUUUGACGCAAUCGAAUCCUUCAAUGACCUCCUCACUUUGGCCACCUCCCCAGUCCCAUCACCCUCCCCCUCCCCCUCUCCACCCCCCCAAUCCCAACCCGAAACCCCCCUCCCCCCACCUCCUUGGAUCUUAAGCGCCCCCUUCACCGAGCUUAAGUCAACCUUCGUAGCCCGCACCGUCCCGGUAACAUCCGUCUCCCAAGCAAAAGGCUAUCUCGCGCACCUGCUGGCAACAGACAAAAAAGUGAGGUCGGCGACACAUAAUAUCACCGCUUGGCGGAUCAGAGGCGAAAACGGGACGAGUUAUCAAGAUUGUGACGACGACGGGGAGACGGCCGCGGGAGGGAGGCUGCUUCACCUGAUGCAGGUUAUGGACUUGUGGGAUGUCAUGGUGGUGGUGACGCGGUGGUAUGGAGGGCAGAAGCUGGGGCCGAGGCGGUUCGCGUUGAUUAAUAUGGCUGCUAGGGAUGGGUUUGUCAGGGCUGGAUUGGUGACUGAGGAGAAGGAGGGGGGGAGGAAGAAGGGGAGGUGA